UAAAUUGGUAAAGUGGUUUACUGUUUAUACAAGCAACCAGAAAGAUAAGCCAGUCCUGGAACCUGCAGAAACAUGGAGGAAGAAGAAGCAGAGCCUCAUGUUCUGAUGUUCCCCUUCCCAGCCUUAGGCCAUGUCAAUCCGAUGCUCAAACUCGCCGAACUUCUUUCCCUCUCCGGCCUCCGAGUCACCUUCCUCAACAUCCACACUAUCCACCAACGCCUAAUUCUUCACACAAACCUCCAUUCUCGUUUCUCUCGCUUUCCCAAAUUCCGAUUUCAUACCAUCACCGACGGCCUUCCCCCGGCCUAUAUCGGCAGCUUAACGAAGCUAUCUGUCUUGACUCAGAGCAUGGAAGCCGUAACCAAGCCCCUUCUCAGACAGAUGCUGCUGUCCGGUGAACUGGGUCCGAUCCCAACCUGCAUAAUUCUUGAUGGGUUUUUCAGUUUCAUGGUUGAUUCCAACGCCAAGCCUCGAAUUCCCGUUCUCUGUUUCCGUACCGUUAGUGCUUGUUCUUUCUGGGCUUAUUCGUCCAUUCCCAAACUCAUUGAAGAGGGGCAGCUCCCUGUUAGAGGAGAAGAAGACAUGGAUAGAAUGAUUGAAGGAGUGGAUGGAAUGGAAAAUGUUCUCCGAUGCAGAGAUCUUCCGAGCUUCAGCCGAGUGGGGGAACAAACGGAACCAAUCCUUCAAUACUGCGUGGACCAAACAAUACAAAGCUCUAAAACUCAAUCUCUGAUAUUGAAUACGUUUGAGGAAUUGGAAGGACCGAUUCUGUCAUGCCUUCGAAAGCGAUGCCGAAAUAUCUACACAAUUGGGCCUCUCAACGCUCACCUGAAAUCCAGACUUCCCGGCGAAAAGUCUCCGCCGGAAUUAGAGUCUUCCAAUGGCUAUCGGGAGGUGGAUCGGAGCUGCCUGGCGUGGCUCGACGCUCAGCCUUCGAAAUCGGUCGUGUAUGUUAGCUUUGGCAGUGUUACAGUCAUAGGGGAUGACCAAUUUCGGGAGUUUUGGCAUGGAUUGGUGGAUAGUGGGAAGCGGUUUCUGUGGGUUGUGCGGCCUGAUUUGGUGGCCGGAAAAGAUGAGGAAGAUGGGGUUCCGGCGGAGUUGGAGGAGGGGACAAGGGAAAGAGGGUGUAUGGUCGGUUGGGCGCCACAAGAGGAAGUGUUGGCUCAUGAAGCCAUUGGAGGGUUUUUGACUCACAAUGGAUGGAAUUCAACAUUAGAGGGAAUAGUCGCUGGAGUGCCGAUGAUCUGUUGGCCUCAAUUUGCCGACCAGCUGACGAACAGCCGAUUCGUGAGCGAGGUAUGGAAGAUUGGUUUGGAUAUGAAGGAUGUUUGCGAUAGAAAGACAGUAGCGAAGAUGGUGAAUGAUGUGAUGGAAAAUAGGAGAAAUGAAUUGAUGGGUUCUGUUCUUAAGACUGCAAAAUUGGCUCUUACAAGUGUGGAAGAAGGUGGAUCGUCUUACUGUGAUUUAGAGCGGAUGAUUAACGAUAUUCAAUUGCUUCGUCAGCAGAGACAAGUCAUUGAUUAAACAUUUCAUUUCUCUGUAUGUUUUAAGCUAUGUAAUAUAUUGUGCGCAGUUGAUAGUUGGAUAUGCAAACAUAAUUAAUAAAGGAAGUCAUACGCUUUCACUA